AUGGACGAGCCACCUACGAAGCGUGCUCGGCGCAUGGACAGUUCCGCCAUGUGGGAUCGAGAAGCAACAGGCUCGCCAAAGUCACCCAGACCCAGCGAUUCCCGCAGGGACGACAGAGGACGUGCAGAUACGAUGAUGAUAGACAUCGCGACUCUCGACGCUACAACGAGAAGCGCAGAUCGAGACGCGACCGAGAAAGAGAUCGGGACCGAGAUCGAGAUAGAGACAGAGACAGAGAUCGCUACAAGCAACGAGACCGCGAACGAAGCGCAGAUAGACAUGACAAGGACCGUCGGGACUACGAUCGAGAUCGUGUUCGAGACAAAGAUCACAAACAUAGAUCAGAACGGCCGAGAUCACGUUCGCCGCCAGCGAGAUGAGCCACCCAAGCCGCAGCCGGAGGUGAAGAAAGACCCCGAGGAGAAGCCAAAAGUCAACGGCGAUGCGAAGAUGGACGUUGAUGGGGACGAUGAAGAUGCGGCUCUACGAAGAAUGAUGGGAUUCACGAGCUUCAAGACCACGCAGAACAAGAAGGUGCCUGGCAACCAGAUCUACGGCGUUCGGAAGGAGAAGAAGACGGUCUACAGGCAGUACAUGAACAGAGUCGGCGGAUUUAAUAGACCACUCAGUCCAGGCAGGUGA